CUAUAUGCUCUAGAGACCUCAGGCAAGGCAUCUCAUAGGAGGCUUUUUCAUAAAACUAGGCUCUGCUAGUAGUAAGGAGGCCAGUUUCGAAGCAGGCGUUGAGCUGUGCACAUCUCCCCACCAUAGGCACCUUCUCCCUACCCAGCUUUUAUUUCAUUUUUCCACUUGGCUGAGCCAUCCAGAGCCUUUUCAAUGUAUAAAAUGGAAUAUUCUUACCUCAAUUCCUCUGCCUACGAGUCCUGUAUGGCUGGGAUGGACACUUCAAGCCUGGCUUCAGCUUAUGCUGACUUCAGUUCCUGCAGCCAAGCCAGUGGCUUUCAAUAUAACCCUAUAAGGACCACUUUUGGAGCCACCUCUGGCUGCCCAUCCCUCACUCCAGGAUCCUGCAGUCUCGGCACUCUUAGGGACCACCAGAGCAGUCCAUACGCAGCAGUUCCUUACAAACUCUUCACCGACCACGGGGGGUUAAACGAGAAAAGGAAACAGAGGCGGAUCAGGACCACUUUCACCAGUGCCCAGCUCAAAGAACUGGAGAGAGUAUUUGCAGAGACUCAUUACCCUGAUAUAUACACAAGGGAGGAAUUAGCCCUGAAAAUAGACCUCACCGAAGCGAGAGUCCAGGUCUGGUUCCAGAACCGCCGGGCCAAGUUCCGCAAGCAGGAGCGGGCGGCAGCUGCCGCGGCGGGCCCGCGGCGAAAGAACGGCUCGACGGGGAAGAAAUCCGACUCGUCCCGGGACGACGAGAGCAAAGAGGCGAAAAGCACCGACCCGGACAGCACCGGCGGGCCCGGGCCCAACCCCAACCCGACCCCGAGCUGCGGAGGGGGAGGCCCCAGCCCUGCGGGGGGCCAGGGAGCGGCGGGCCCCGGCGGGGAGCCCGGCAAAGGAGCAGCCGCGGGCGGCUUGGCAGCGGCGGGGCCCGGCCAGGGCUGGGCCCCCGGGCCCGGGCCCAUCGCCUCCAUCCCGGAUUCCUUGGGGGGCCCGUUCGCCAGCGUGCUCUCCUCGCUGCAGAGACCCAGCGGCGCCAAAGGCAGCCUCGUAAAGAGCGGCCUGUUCUGAGCGGCGGCCGGGGGGGGGGGGACGGGAGAGCCCGGGCCGGGCUUCCCGCCCGCCGCCAGGACUGAGCAGGAUCCCCGCGGCGGGCCAGGGGCCACUGACUCGCUGACGUGAGCCGCGGCGCCCCGGCGUCUUCCCCUGGCGCCGGGCUCUGCCGGCCGCACUGGCCCGGGCGAGGCUCCGCCAGGCUGCCGCCGCGUCAGGACCCGGAGCCUCCGCGGGCAGGGACUGCGAGGCGCCCGCUUGCCGC